AUGUCGGACUUACGGGCCGGUGUGCAACCGGUCUCUUGUCGAUCGGCUUGUGAGGCCGACAUUUCCUAUGCUCGCGUCGGGUCGGUCGCUAGGUUUGUUUCUCUCCGACAAAAACGUAGUCGUCAUCAUGAAGUCGAUCCCAGGCCCCUGCGGAGGCACUUUUACUACCUGUCGACUUCUCGGCCCUCUUUGUUUCUUGUUUUCCUGCCUCUCUUGAUUGUCUACGCAUCCGGAACAGCUGUCCUCUCACAGAUUCACGAUGGAAGUGACAGCGAAACUCGCACCGCCGAAGGGGCUUUGGGGAAUCUGGCUCCGGACAAAGACACGCGUCAGCCCGUCAGUCAGUUUCUUUCUCUGUCUAGUUCCGAUCCGCUUCACGCGCCACAGCGUGUUGGUACAGCGGGAACAAGUGAGGACCCGGCAGCGACUUCCGCAGCCAUUUCUGGUGAAAAGUUUUUCAAGGAAAUGGCCCCGGAGCUGAGAAACACGGCAGAACAGCCCUUCGUUUUGGGGAACACUGUCGAUGUUCCAUCAUCUUCAGAAGAACCCGGGAACAGGGAAGAGUAUGGACUUCUGAACGAAACAAGGUCAGCGCCCAGGGAAGAGCAGCAGGGUAUAAAACCGGAAACUCUUGAUUUUGAGAAAGGAAUCUCGUUCGUGCUCCGACCCUCAGAAGGAGAAUCUUUGUUGCUUGCUGGCGUGAGCAGCGCUUCAGCAGAACAGACCGACGUAGAAAAACAAGAAAGUGCCGAAAACGUUAAGAAUUUUUCGACCGAAGUCCUCGAAGGUGCAGCCAACCUCCGAGGGCGAUCCAUCAGCCCAGCUCUGCUUCCUUCUUCCUCCCCAUUUCCUUCCCGUGCUUCUUCCGCUUCCUCUACGCCCGAUUCGACAGCUCUCGUGUCCUCGUUACCGCCGACUCUUGCUUCUGCGUUGGUGUCUGGCCUCUCAGAGCACCUGGCGUCUUCCUUUCCCCUGUUCAAUCCUUCGCUUUUACCUGAGUCUCGCUGGGCGUUUUCGGGUGAUGAACACAACCUGCUUUGUCUGAUAGGUCCCGGCGGCAGCUGCUCCAAGACGCCUACGCCGACCGAAUUGCUGGGUCUUUUGAACGAAAGCACAGAGUGGAUUUUGACCCCGACCGCCACGAUUCUGCAAAGUAUUGGGCGUACCGUGGACAAAAUGAUUAGCGGUUUCGUUCUGCGCACGGCGCCUGUGUUGCCGAACUAUCGCAGGAACGUGAUUAUUUCCUACCGCGGCUUCAAGCCGUUCAUGUUGCUCGAGAUGCUCGCGCAACGCAACCACUUCCUCCACCACUUGUCUUCUUUGUUUUCCUCGCUGCAACCCAUUCGGUCCAUUUACCUUCGGAACCUGGGCAUGGAAAUCUUCGAACUGCCCGACGUGCUCGGUCUCGGCGAAUUCAUGAAGGCUGCGCUCGGCCUCCGGCAGUACGUCGACCACGUCUUCGAGGAUCAAGAACUCACCGAUUUCGACGACGAAAAACAAUCGGCCAGUGCAGAAGAAAGGGCAGAACCUGGCCUGAUUUCCUUCGCUGACGAACCUGAAGCCUCGGGCGCGGCGGACGACAAAAGUAGCCGACAGAUCCCCGGCGAACGAAGCCGCAAUCGCCAGAAAGAGGACCCCUGUGAUGGAUUCAACAGUCCGAACGAUGUGGAUGCCGGAUGUGGAGAAUCCACGAAAGAGAACCCCGAUUCUAGCAGCAACGCAUUUUCUUCUCAACGGCGCAGACUGCAAGUCAUACCGAAUGACCCUUUCACGUGGAAACAGUGGCCGUUUAGUGACAGCGGCCCGUCGCGCUGGGGCACUGAAGCACCAAGGGCGUGGGAAUUGUGGACAGGUGCAAAUAUGCAAAAGCGACUGACAGUGGCCGUCAUCGAUAGCGGGGUUGACUACCGACACCCUGACUUGAAGAACAUGAUCUGGCACAACGAAGGCGAGAUAUGCAACAACGGGAUCGACGACGACAGAAACGGGCUGGUGGACGAUUGUCUUGGAUGGGACUUCAUCCACGGUGACAACGACCCUGACGACGAUAACGGGCACGGAACAGCGUCUGCAGGCAUCAUCGCCGCGGAGCCGAACAACCACAUCGGCAUGGCGGGAAUCUGCUGGGGCUGCGAAAUUAUGAUUUUGAAGGCUCUGAACAAAGACAUCAAAGGCACCGUCAGCAGCUUCGCACGAGCCAUCGACUAUGCCUUGGGCAAAGGAGUCAAAAUCUCCAACAACAGCUAUGGCGGCAGAGGCAGCGGCUUUCAUGGACUCGAACAGGCUGUGGAACGCGCCCGAGCCGCUGGAAUGAUCUUUGUCGCCGCUGCAGGGAACUACAAUGGAAACAAUGACAAUGACAAAGACCCCGUGUUUCCUGCCUCAUAUCAACUGGACAACAUCAUUUCCGUCGCUGCCAUUACGAGGGCUGGAAGUCUGGCGAAUUUUUCCAGUUACGGAAAGACGCAGGUGGACAUUGCGGCGCCUGGCGCUCAGAUCAUGUCAACCUCUUUGAGUGGAACCUAUCGCACGGUCGAAGGAACGAGUUUCGCCGUUCCCUUCGUUUCCGGGGCAGUUGCACUGGUUUGGUCGCGGUUUCCGUAUCUUCCGUAUCGAGAGGUGAUCGAUCGCAUCCUGAGAAAUGCAAAGUACAAUCCUCAACUCCAGGGAUACAUUGCGACUUCAGGCGUGCUGGACAUCCGGAAGGCAUUGACCAACGGAGCGGCGUCGCUUCCCCAUUGGGACGCUUCCAGUUCCUCCGCUCUUCUGGUUCCAACUAACCCGUUGUCGCAAUGUGCAGACUUGCGGUGCCAUCCUGUGGCGACGUGCGUCGUAACCUCGACCUUGCAAAAGUCUUGUCAGUGUCCACAAGGGUAUCAGGGGAACGGCUUCGAUUGCCGAGACAUCGACGAGUGUGCCUUCAACCCAUGCGGUCCCGCAUCCGUGUGCAGAAAUCUGCCCGGGUCGUUUGAGUGCAGAUGCCGGGAAGGGUUUAGACAAGUUGACGAUUCCUGCAUAGACAUUGACGAGUGCCGAGAAUCUUGGGGCGGACGCACUCCUGGACAGGCGUGUCCGCCGCAGGCGAUUUGCCAAAAUUUCAGCGGGUCGUUCGACUGUGUGUGCCCACCCGGAUCCGUCUGGAAUGCGCAGUCUGGGUACAACGCACAGUGCUUGACUCUCAACACACCUCUGACCGGUCCAUGCGUGAACAACGGCGGCUGCGGCAGGAAUGCCUUAUGUCAAGCUUCGGGUGCUGUCCUCUACUACCAGCGAACGUGUGUUUGUUUGAAUGGCUACGAGAAGCUGAGCUCAUCGGUGCAAGCAGGACUCCUCGGGGAAGGUCGAGAGCUGUGCAUCCGCGAGGGUAUCAUCGAAUCGGAAAUCAGGCGAUAUCUCACCAUUAUGCAAUCCUUCGCUACAAGAGAGACAUUGGAAAAGAAAUCGGUUGAAGCAGUUCCGUCUUCUAACACCCAAGGUAUCGCGGAUGGGGGCAACGGCAUGGGAACCGCAGACCUCUUGACUGGAGGAUGGCUUUGGCCUAGAAGUUCCCCUCCGCCUUCGCCCGCCCCUUCAAACAUCGCGCCAUGCUUCUUUGGAAUUUGUCUUCUGGGAGGGUCAGCCGAAAACAGCAACGGCCCUUGAUGGAAGGAGAGGGCAUCAUACAUAAAGAGAUAGUCACUGCAAAGGAAAUCGAUAGCCCCUUUUAAAUCGUGUUCCCGCAAGCCUAGUCGCUACUCAAAAAUUUGUCAUGGAUGAACAGCCACGCAGCACAGGCUUGCGCGCACAGGACUCGCAGGAGUUUUUGGCGCUCAAGUGGCGGCAACUGCUCUGGCACGAUGCUUCAGUGGAUAAUGCGAAGCUGGGCUCCAUAUAUCUUACGUCGACGCUAAAACAUGAGCACAAUGAUGCAUAUCAGAUGGCUUCGAUGUGUUUGCGUAGCAACUGUUGAACAGCGGAGCUGUCUGCGUCGUGUGAAGCACACGAGUUAGUUGUAUUCACCGUUUAUAUGCAGAGCUGGCGGUGUCGCGUGGUCAUUUUGUAGGUGAAAUAUCAGGAAUCAAUCACUUGAGAUACUGAUGCCCACACUGUGUAUAACCGACCGAGUUCGUUUGGUUCUAAUGCCAAAUUGAGGAUCCAAGGAGACUUCUUGUAUUAGUGCUGCCCGCAGCCAUAGCCAGGGCAGUAUCAGAUAACCAACAUGAUAAGAACGCUGAAACACAUGCGAAUUUCAAUGAAAGUUAAUCAUGAACCAAGUAUCAACACACACAACUGCUGGCAUCCCCCGUCAGCGGAUCUCCGUCGUGCUGGCCUCCUUCAAAAACGUUUUUAAAUCAUGUGCCGUCCUUAUACGUUGUAAAAAUAGGGGACAUCUCUGUCUCAUCUUUUGCCUUUCUUGGUGAAAACCGCAUUCAAUCACAAACAACGCUACGGCGCACAGGUAUGUCGCCGAUGCCCUCAUGAACUUUACACAACGUAGGCAAUAUCGGCAGGGCUCACUACGCCCUCUGUUU